CCGCUCAGGGGAGUGGCAAGGGUUGCAUUUGGCGUCGCGCUUCACACGUUUUCUUAUGGGCAAACAAGGACCGACACCUACACGCGUCCCGGCACAUUAUACCUCUUUCUUCAUUGGGACUCGCACGUCAUGGAUCAUGGGUCACGUCAGUCAGGCAAGCCAUCAUCGUCUUCCGAAUCGCCUUAAUGUACGUUAACUCGCAGACCAUCCUCCGGUUAUGAGGAUGGUGGGUGGCAUAAGGAACAAUAUAGCAUUUUGCUCACACCUAUCGCUCGUUGUCCCCGCAAAACCAUCAAGGAAGACGAUGAUGGCAGCCGUGAAGUGUUCCUAUGACGAGUUACUCUCACUCGACGAGGCUGCCUUCUUCUCGGUUGAUGCACUGGUAUCUGACGACCCUCUGCCGAGCCAUGUUGGGACGAUAGGGGGGUUAGCAAGGCCAGCGGUCCCAACACCGCCGCCUGGUCUCGGUCACCUUUCAAGAACGGCAUCACCGGCUCCGCGGCAAGCGCCCAUUCCGGUGGUACCUGCUACUCCACUUACGCCUGCUGCCCCGAAGCCUGCGGUUCCGACCAUGGCCAACAUUGUUCGGACGUCGUCCCCGGACCAGACCCCCCAUAAAAAGGCUGCCGGGACGGAGGCCAAGAAGAAUAUCAAGGCUUUGGCAGUCGAGAGUGGCCUGUCCAAAGACAUCGCGUCGCAAGCAUCUCCGUCCAAGGGCAAGCCUCUGUUACAUGAAGAAGAUUUCCCUGCGUUGGAUGCCGUCAAGGGGAUUUCCACGCGGCCUGGCACACCGUCCAGGUCUGCCGUUGCAACACCAAAGAUUGCUCCAGCCAGCAUCAAGAAGCCCCAACAAGAGGCACCAACUGCAACUCCGACCCCGUUGGCCGAGGCGCCCAAGCCCAUGUCCAAGGCUGCCGAGAAGAAACCGAUGCCGGGCGUCUUGAACAUUGCCGCGGCCACCAAAGCGGCUCAGUCGAAGCAGCCAGAGGCAGGUACGGCAGAACAGUCGGAAUCGUCCGCAUUCCCCGCCUUGCCAACUCCGACAACUGCCAGUGUCGCAUCUCCCAUUACGAGAGCUGCACCUAAGACUCUACGUGUCGUCUCGACUCCGAAGGCGGAAGUACCACCGGCCCUGCAUUCUGGCACCGCCUCCGCUGCCGCCAGAGCCGUGUCUACCGCUCACGGUCGGCCCGGAACACCAGCGAGUGAGAUCAUCAGCGACAGUGCAUCCAUCGUAUCGGCAUCUGUUUCUGCAUCCCGCACGAGUUCGCCUCCUCCCACCAGGAUCGGGACAGCGCCCGUCCGCACUACGACGAAGAGCCAGCAGCGUAAACAACGCAAGGAGGCCCACAAGGAACAAUCGGCCACCAUUGCUGUGGUGCCGAAAGUAGCGGAAGCCGAGGAGCAAGCGCCCAUCAUUGGUCGCAAGAAGAAACAGAAGAAGGAGAAGCCGGUCACCACACCCCCGGCAGUGCCUAAGAAAGCUGCCGAGCGCGCAGCGACGCCGCCUCCCCCGCCGAAGGAGCCUACCCCUCCUCCCAAGCCCGUCGUCGAGACAACGAUCGUUGAUCUGCCACCUCCAAAGGGCAAAGCUGCCAAGAACGCCGCUAAGAUGGCAAAGGCAGCCGAAGAGAAGGGUAAGAGCAAAGAGGCACCUGCGACAACUACGCCUUCGCCUCCAGCGCCGACUGCCGUCGCGGCGCCCGAAGAGUCGCAAGACAUUGGAGACAACCCCAAGACCAUCCCGGAAGUCGUCUUCCAGGACCUUGUCAGUGCCGGUGAGGCUCCUCCUCCCGACGCCCUUGCGCUGCUCAAGCCGCUCGCCGAGCAGAACACCCGCAUUGAUCGAGCGCAUGCCGCUGCGGCGCAUGGCACCAGCCCGCCUCCGUCGACCGCAACUAAGAAUAUGAUCGCGGAAGCAGACCACGCCGUUCUUAUGACAGGCCAGCCGGUUCGUAAAGUGAUUGACGGCCACCGCGUGCUCAUCACGCCCAACGGUGACUGUGUCCGCAAUCUCACCGAGGAGGAGGAAGAUAGAUACCUGGAGCUUCAAAAGCGUGUUGCCGUGGCCAGCGAGCAGCCCGACAGUUUUGUUGCACCCCGCCACCAAGCUCGCCCUGGUGGCUUCUCCCUCAUCAAGGGACGUGCUGUGCCCAACGGGCCUCCGUCAUACUUCCCGCCAUCCCCCAACGCACAGAAAAUGUUCUCCGACGACCCGGUCAACAAGAUCCAGCGCGAGGAGGCCAUCAGCUACAUCAACCAGUUUGUCCUGCCACGACUCAACCUCGGCAACACCAACUUGUUCCCGGGCAGCUGGAAGUCUGCGCCGGGCGCUAAGGAUGCUCUCUCGGCGCGUGAGACCGCUGCUGCCAGCCUCAACUCGCUUGCUCCCUACAUCUACGGCCAUGACGCCGCCGCCGGAGCGGGCAUAUACUCGGCCGAGAGCGGCGGUUCGGGCAAGGACAUUCCCGAAGACGAGACGCCCUUUGGCGGCCUGGACUCGCCGCACCACCAGGGUAGCGAGGUCGCCGUCGCGAGCGCCUCGGCCUCUGCCGCGGCUGCUGCUGCCGCGCAGGCCCAUGCCCACGGCGGCAGCGCGCACCCCAAGCUCCCCGGCACGCCUCUUAAUGCCAUGUCGCUUAUGAGCGUCGAGGACGCAGAGACGGCGCUGGGGCUGGCGCGCAAGGAGACGGAGAAGCUCGAGAAGGGUCUGAACCAGGCCAUUAAGCGUAACCGGAGACUGCUUCUCGGCGGCAGGUGACUAGCCGUGAGUCUGAUCGAGUUUGUCGAGAGGGCUAUCGUGGCCGUGGCAAUGCAGACGCUGGUGUUG